AUGAGCGCCGAACAAUUCGAGUGGUAUCCGGCCGAACUGCUGCGGGCCCCGCACCUGAACCAGACUCUCGGGUUCGCGCUGAUCGUGCUCAACCAACCCCUGCAUGACCACCAUCUUGGCGUGAUCCGGCAUUUGUGGGAUAAUGCCUCCGUCCGCGUCGCAGCCGACGGCGGGGCAAACUGCCUGUAUCUCGCAGCCGGGCAGCACGGGGACACUUCUUUUGACGACCUCCGCCUCAUAAUAGGCGACCUCGACAGCCUGACACCGGAAGCCCGGACCUACUACGAGUCCAGGCAGAACAGCACUCAACAUCCAAAGACGGAGGUGAUUCUCGACCCGGACCAGGAAUCGACCGACUUCGGCAAGGCCGUCGCCUACGUACGGCAGCAUUACCGCCACGCUUCCGGUGCUGCUGCUGCUGCUGCUGAAGAUGAAGGCAGCCAUGACGCCACCAGACCCCUGGACAUCGUAGCGGUCGGCGGCCUCGGCGGGCGCGUGGACCAGGGCCUGAGCCAACUGCACCACCUGUACCUCUUCCAGAACGACCCGCGCUACGCCGAGGGCAGGAUGUAUCUGUUUAGCGGCGAGAGCCUGACCUUCCUGCUCAAGCCCGGAACGCACCGCAUCCGGGUGCGGGAUGGACCGGGACCGUCGGCCGAGGACGUGUUUGGGAAGUAUGUCGGGAUCUUGCCCGUGGGCGGCCCGAGCAGGAUUACCACCAAGGGGUUGCAGUGGGAUGUCACGGAUUGGGAGACCCGUUUCGGCGGGAGGGUCAGUACCAGUAACCAUGUGCUGCCCGAGACCGAGGUGGUGGAGGUGGAGACGACGAGGGAGGUGUUGUUUACGAUUGCUUUGCGGCGGGCGUGA